AUGGUGCCUUUUGCUCCGCCACUGCGUAAGAAUGCGAUUAGUGUGCAAGUUGUUUGGUUUUGCGACAACAUCGCGCUGAUGCAGCGAUGCCUUGGCACAGAAAAGCCAUGCGAGGAACCGGAAGACCACGACCUCCACGUGAACGAUGUCCCCAGCCAAGGUUUCCUUCCUCCAAUUACGACCUACUCUUCAAAAACAAUGGCAGGAUUAGCCGAAAGUGUGGCAGGCUGGCGACUGGUGGGAGCAGACUGGGUGCUCAAAUAG